UUACUCUCUCAACUCUCACUACACUCGCCAUUCCUCUUCACUAUUUCACUUGUCUUUUCUCUGUUUUCUUAUUAUAAUUAACGUACUCAAUAACCAUCUUUUUCAUAUAAAACUUCCAUUAAAAUGGGUUUGAAGGGUUUUGUUGAAGGUGGUAUUGCCUCCAUCGUUGCUGGAGCUUCCACACACCCUCUUGACCUAAUCAAAGUCCGUAUGCAACUUCAAGGUGAAUCCCAACUCCCAAAUCCACCUUCCCUUCGAGCUUACCGCCCUGCACUUGCCUUUAACACGGUUGCCACUGCCAAUAUUUCACUCCCAACAACUUUGCAAGUCCCUGCUCCGGCAGCUGCUCGUGUUGGACCUAUUUCUAUCGGUGUACGUAUCAUUCAAUCUGAAGGUGUCGCUGCUCUUUUCUCUGGUGUCUCCGCUACUAUUCUCCGUCAAACCUUAUACUCCACCACCCGAAUGGGCCUUUACGAUAUUCUCAAAAAGAAAUGGACUGACCAAGAUACAGGAAGUAUGCCACUUGUACGCAAGAUUGUUGCUGGACUAAUCUCCGGCGGUGUUGGAGCCGCCGUAGGUAACCCUGCUGACGUGGCGAUGGUACGCAUGCAAGCUGAUGGACGUUUACCAAUUGAGCAACGUAGAAACUACAAAAGUGUGUUUGACGCUUUAACUCAAAUGUCAAAGCAAGAAGGGAUUGCUAGCCUAUGGCGCGGCUCAAGUCUUACUGUGAAUCGUGCCAUGAUCGUGACAGCAUCGCAGCUCGCAUCAUAUGAUCAAAUCAAGGAGAUGAUAUUGGAAAAGGGUGUGUUGAGCGAUGGGAUUGGAACCCACGUGACGGCGAGCUUUGCAGCUGGGUUUGUGGCGUCGGUGGCUUCAAACCCUAUCGAUGUGAUAAAAACUAGGGUUAUGAAUAUGAAGGUGGAGGCAGGGGCAGAGCCGCCGUAUAAGGGUGCAUUAGAUUGUGCAAUGAAGACCGUGAAGGCGGAGGGACCUAUGGCCUUGUAUAAGGGAUUUAUCCCUACAAUUUCUAGACAAGGACCUUUUACCGUUGUGCUCUUCGUUACGCUUGAGCAAGUACGGAAAAUGCUUAAAGAUUUUUAAUCGUCAUAUUAAUGAGACAAAAUAAAAUCAUAUCUGUGAUUUAUAGAUUCAGAUAAUUGUAUUCUUUUGCUUUUGAUAGGCAUGAAUGAAACUCUAUAAUUGCUAGAGAAUAGUCCUAUUUAGAAUCAUGGAAGUCAACCGAUGAAAGAAAAAUGAGAAUGAAUUGGUCAAUUAUCUAUCUUAUGAAAUUGAAUUA